CCUCUCUCUCUCUCACACUCUCAAUCUCUCUCUCUUCUCACUUGCUCCUCUUUGCUCUCUCUCGCUCUCAAUCGACUAUUAUUCACUAAUAUUGUGUUCAGCAACUUCCCUGUUUGUCCAGGUAAUCUGGAACCGGAGGACCGAGGGACUUUGUGUGUCAGAUAAAAGCAGCUUUUACUGAUCACAGGAUGUAUGUCUUCAUGUUACUGUAAUGGAGUUGCAGAUGACGAUCAUCUUCAUCUUUUUCUGUAAGUUGGCACAUGAUCGUCUCAUCUGCUGAUGUAAAGUUGAAGAGUCACCAGUCAGGCAUUAAGGGAGGAUUCAUCACUUUUCCUGAUCCUUUGGAGAAUGGACUUUUUAUAUUUCAAGGAAGUAACAUUGCUGAAGUGAAGGACAAAAAAAUAGAUAUAUUUGAGGAACCUUUCAAGGACAGACUUUUAUGGAACAACAAAACUGGUCUUUUCAAAAUCAGAGGACUAAAGCGGAAUGACUCUGGUGUUUAUAGUAUUGACCCUAAAAAAGGAAGUAGUUCCAUAAUAAGACAUAAACUCACUGUAUAUGAGUCUGUAGCAGCUCCUGCAGUGGAAGCUGUGAACGUGAGCGCAGAGAGCUGCUCCUUGCUGUGUUUGGUGAAUAAGACUGAAGAGACGACUCUGCUGUGGUACAAAGACGAGGAAAUAAUCAACCAGAGCAGCUCUGCUCUCUCACUGCCUCUCACUGUACACAGACAUGAUGUCACAUCAUCUUAUAGAUGUGUGGCAGCCAACCCUGCUGAAAAUAAGACUCUUCAUGUCGAUGUUAGGAACAUCUGUGUGGAACUUAACUCAGGCAGCAAGAGUGACCCCAACACUGGACGCUAUAUGAUCAUAAUUUCUAUCGUGUUGGCCGUGAUUGUUGUACUUGUUGCCCUGUUCAUCAGAUGGUUUGUCCUCAAACACAAGAAGUCAACCAUACAAACACAAGUGAAUAGAUACUCUGACGUGGUGUACUCAUAUGUCCAUAUAAACGCAGACAGAUGCAGCCAGGGAAGACAUUUACCAGACUCAUCAGAACCCGAUGAACACCCCGGCUUAACAUCGGUGUACUACAAGCUGGUGCAGCAUCCCCUGUCUCCUCCUGAAACAGAUGAUCAUGUUUAUGACCAAACAACAAACUUCCCACAUGCAUGAGCAGCUUAGUGAUCCAGAAACAGAAGACGCUAUCAGUGUUUCAAUAUCAAGCAGCUACUUGUAUUCAAGGUCAUUACACAAUAUGUGCUCAAUUUUCUGAAAAGUGUCUUUAGUGCCACAAGGCUUAUGAAGAAACAUUCUUGUUGGUGCACAGUAAGGAUCAAACACCAUUAGUACAUCAAUAAGCCAGAAAUGAUUAACACUCUUCUUUCUGAUUAGAAGAACUUUGUUGCAUUUAUACCAGUACAGUUUGUUAUGCUGCAGUGAGCCGCUUAUAUUUUUGUAACUCUUUUACAAGUUAUGUUUGAAUAUUGGCCUAUUCUUUGGAAUGUGAUUUUUGUACACCAAAACGUUGUAGCUGCCUUUGUUUGUGUGGAACAUGAAAUGUUGUUUUAAUAGCAUCUACUUUUAAAAACGAAAGAGAAUGAUGACAACAGUAAAGAGCAUUUGACUUGA